UGAUUGUAACGGUGUUCUUCAGUCUCUGCUUUCUUGAAAAGGGACACAGGGAACAAUGGAUGUUGCUUCAUCACUUGACUUUCAUUGAUUAAUCAUAGAGUUCAGAAUGAUGUUUCACUCUACUUAAUUUCAACAGAGCUCUCUGUUUUUAGUGUGCUGCUCAUGGUUUCCAUGUAGCCUGUAUCAUAUAAUAGAUUCUGGUACUUCUGAGCAUACAUGAAGUUACAACGUGAAUCAACACAGUAUUUUAGUGGUAGUGUUGAAGCUCUACCAACAUGAAACUCAAGGCGUGUUGUUGCAAGUUGCUUGCAAAAGUUGAGGACAGCCUCAGUGGAGGAAGAAAACAGAACAUUUACACAAGUUUUUUCCAACUUCCAGUAUUCAAGUGACUCAGAUUUAACACCAGACCGGUGUGAGAUUGUCAGGUUUUGCCUGAUGGAAUUGCUCAGACUUCUACUUCACUAAAAGAGGAGGAAAUUUGGAUUCUUUACAAACUUGGCACUCGGAGACCACCCGCUCACUGAAUUUCCAUGAGAUGCAGAUCAUGCAUUGGAUAAAGGAUGAAGAUUUCUCUCGGGAGUCUUCCAGUACAUUUGCUUAAUGCCCUUUUAGUGGUGUUCUAAUUGAGUUCAUAUGAAACAAAUUGUCUUUGAAUCAUGAAUGAAGAAAAAAGCCUUGGUGCAUCCCAGAAAAUGUUGUCUCCUUCAAGAAGUACUAGCAGCUGCUCCUCCAAGCAAGGAAGUCGACAGCAGGACAGCUGGGAAAUUGUAGAAGGACUCCGGGGAGCAAUGAAUUGUACCCAAGAACCACAGAAGCAGGAAGGUUGCUUGCUGAAAAAGAGGAAAUGGCCUUUGAAAGGCUGGCACAAGAGAUACUUCUUUUUGGACAGAGGGAUUUUGAAAUAUUCUAAAUGCAAAGCUGAUAUAGAGAGAGGAAAGCUUCAUGGCUGUAUUGAUGUUGGACUUUCUGUGAUGUCUGUGAAGAAAUCAACGAAAUGUAUAGAUUUGGAUACAGAAGAGCAGAUAUACCAUCUGAAGGUGAAAUCUCAGGAAUUGUUUGAUGAGUGGGUAGCAAAACUUCGUCAUCACAGAAUGUAUCGUCAGAACGAAAUCUCCAUGUUUCCCCAUGAUGUCAGUAAUCUUUUCUUCCCUGUGUCUUCUACUGUGGACUCUGUUGCUGGCAUGUGUGAUUCUGCUCCAAGUAGAAAGGCAAGCAGCUUGACCAAACAGAAUUCAUUGUCGGCUGGAGGUAGCCUGUCAUUUUCCUAUUCAAGUAAUGAGUCUCGGAUUCCAUCUUGGCUACAGUGUUCUGAAGAUAUGGAAAAAUGCUCAAGAGACCUCUCCCACUGUCACACCUAUUUAUUGGAAAUGAACCAGCUGUUACAGAGCAUGGAUGUUCUUCACAGGACAUAUUCAGCACCUGCUAUAAAUGCUAUACAGGUUGGACCUUUCGAAAGUCCAAAAAAGGAAAAAAGAACCCACAGGAGGUGGCGAUCCAGAGUUGUUGGGAAAGAGACUAAAGGAAUGUUACAGGUGCCUUCAGUAUUUUCUGCCCCGAUGAGACUGCAUGCUUCCAAUCCUAACUUAUCUGCUAUAGAUUUUGUAGAGGAGAAAAAUUACUCUGAUGGCUCUGAAACAUCGUCAGAAUUUACUAAAAUGCAAGAAGACUUAUUUCACGUUGCACAUAAAGUGUACUUCACCUUGAAGUCAGCUUUCAGUACCAUAUCUACAGAAAGAGAGAAGCUGAAGCAGAUGCUGGAACAUGAUGCAUCCUUGUCUCCAUCUGCACAAAUAGUUGGCUUGAAGAAUGCAUUAGCAUCCGCAAUAGCACAAAACACAGAUCUUAAAGACCGGUUACGCAGAAUACAUGCCGAAUCUAUGAUCCUUGAUUCAGCAUCUAAUGCAAAAUCAAGUCCAGAUUUGGUGAAGGAAAAUUCAAGAGAAGAAAGCAGAGGUCUGGUUCACCAGAUCUCCAAUGAAAGCAGACUGUCUAUUGCUGACUCCCUCACAGAGUUUUUCGAUGCACAGGAGGUCCUGCUGUCUGCUAGCUCUUCAGAAAAUGAGAUAUCAGAUGAUGAUUCGUAUGUGAGUGAUAUCAGUGACAAUGUCUCAGAGGAUAACCUAAGCAAUGACAUGGAGAAUGAAAGGCAAACUUUAGAUUGUAUUUCUGAAAGUGGAAAUGGAUGCAUUUCUAAACGGAGAACAUGUUUGCCAGCUCCGUGUCCUAAUACUAGUAACAUCAGCCUAUGGAAUAUCCUGAGAAAUAACAUAGGAAAGGAUCUCUCCAAAGUGGCCAUGCCCGUUGAACUGAAUGAGCCACUUAACACCCUUCAGCGUCUCUGCGAAGAACUGGAAUACAGUGAACUGCUAGAUAAAGCAGCACACACACCCGAUCCAUUUGAAAGGAUGGUGUACAUAGCUGCGUUUGCAACAUCUGCCUAUGCAUCCAGUUACUACCGAGCUGGAAGUAAGCCGUUUAAUCCUGUGCUUGGAGAAACGUAUGAAUGUAUUCGUGAAGAUAAGGGUUUCCAAUUUUUUGCUGAACAGGUCAGUCACCAUCCGCCUAUUUCUGCAUGCCAUGCUGAAUCUGUGAAUUUUGCUAUUUGGCAAGAUGUAAGAUGGAAAAACAAAUUCUGGGGAAAGUCCAUGGAAAUUGUUCCAGUUGGUACAACACAUGUAACUCUGCCAGCUUUUGGAGAUCAUUAUGAGUGGAACAAGGUGACCUCUUGCAUCCAUAACAUCUUAAGCGGGCAAAGAUGGAUUGAACACUAUGGAGAGAUCAUCAUCAAAAAUCUUAACGAUGACACUUGUCACUGCAAACUGACUUUCAUAAAGGCAAAAUAUUGGAAUCCAAAUGCACAUGAGAUUGAAGGCAGUGUCAUGGAUAAAACUGGGAAAGUUGUGCAUCGACUUUUUGGGAAAUGGCAUGACAGUUUAUACUGUGGGACUUCAUCCUCUUCAAACUGCAUAUGGAGAGCAAAUCCAAUGCCUAAAGAUCAUGAACAGUGGUAUGGAUUUACUCAGUUUGCAUUGGAGUUAAAUGAACUGGACCCGCAAACUAGACCGUUGCUACCGUCCACUGAUACACGUUUUAGGCCAGACCAAAGGUUUCUAGAGGAAGGAAAUAUCGAAGGAGCUGAAAUGCAAAAGCAGAGGAUUGAGCAACUGCAGAGAGAACGACGGAAGGUUCUGGAAGAAAAUAAUCUGGAGCAUCAGCCUAGAUUUUUCAGGAAAUCCAAAGAUGACUCCUGGGUGAGCAAUGGAACCUACAUGGACCUUAGAAAAGAACCUGGUUUUUCCAAACUGGACAAUCCUGUCCUCUGGUGAAGGAGGAGCCGAGCGAAGAUACUCUGUGCUGUAUUCCCAGAUCUGACUUAAAAGAAGUAU